CAAGAGAUGCGAACAGGUUCCGUCAUCAAUCAGCAAGCGGAACACGUCCACAAAGUAGCAAGGUGCAGACAGACGGACCUAAGUGAACACCAGACGAUGGUGCCAUCAUGGCUAACCUGACAACGGCGUUCAACUCCCUACUCGAGGGCCAUGAGGCGCCACCGACAAAAUCGUUCAGUCUUGACACGGCCGACGAGUUCUUGAAGGAAGCGUAUCGGAUAAAUUCUCUCAUUGCUCGUCUGCAUUCCGAGCUGCGCAACCUGCGCCAGGCGUACCUCUCAACUGCUCCUCCGCGCAAAACACAUCUCCGCUCCGCACCAUCCCGCUCUGCGCCUCCCCAACAUGUCCAGCUCACGGACCGCGACCGCGAGGAGAUUGAUGCGAAUGCAAAGAUGACACUCCGCGAUCUCAAUGCCCGCAUCCGCGCUCUUGAGGAUGCCGAGCAGCUGCGGCAGAAUACCGAGGCUGCGCUACUCCGGAAGCGCUUGUCUCGUGGACUGAGCGUGCUAGGAUCCUGGGCGUCCGGUGACAGUGCUCGUAGCGAACAGGCAGCCCUCGAGGCUGCUGCUCGCCAGCUCGGAGCCCACCGAGAAGGUGUGAUUUGGUACCUGUGGACGAAGUUGCAGGAGACUGCGCGGACACAACAGCGCAUGAUGGAGACCCGCCUGACGAGGGAAAUGGAAAAGAACCGGAGUGUUCUGGCCAAGGCUAGGGGCUCAGCUACGUCCACGGUAUCAUAUGACACCGGGAAUCGCAGUGUUCCAAAACCUCCAGCUCCCGCUAUUCUCAAUAGCGCGAAUUUGUCCGCACAGGAAGAGGAGGAGCGGAAGAAGCCGCCGGUACAAAGCCUUACGGAUGAACAGAGACAGCUUUUCGAGAAGGGCAACCAGGACAUGCUCAAGCACCUUGAAAACACCCUGGACAAAGUCAGGACGGCCGAGAGGUCGCUCAUGGAAAUUGCCGAGCUUCAGAAUAUGCUGGUCAACAAUCUCACCACACAGUCCGCCCACAUCGACCAGUUGGUUGCCGAUUCGUUCGAGACCACCGAGGACAUCAGCAAAGGGAACAAGGAACUCAAAAAGAGCGCCGGGAAAGCCAGCCCGGCACGAUACACUUUCUUUGCUGCUGCCGGACUUUGCACAGCACUAAUCUUGUGGGAUCUGAUUGUUUAGGGCCCACCCCGUUGUCGUGAAGUUCCGCAAGAGCUUUGAUUGUAGCGACAAGGGAGGCUUGAACCAUCUUGAACGAACCAUCAGUGGCCUGGUGAGAGAUGUGAGCCGUUUCGAAUCAUUUCCUCUUAUACUAUGUCCUCGUUCAAGCUCCAGCUCCAGCUUGCCGUUGAAGGCUAAUCCAAUUUGCUUUCACUUCGCUCUCGGUCCGUCUCGGCUUCAGAAGAAGCGGUUGUGUUUGGCUUAACUGCAUAUUCGGAUUAAAAGAAUAAACUUUGGCCCACACCAAAUCCGAUGUAAUCCCGCAAUACGGAA